AUGGUUUCCGGGUCUACAAGAUUAAGUGUAUCCAACCAUAAAGCUGUAAGUUUCACCACCAAUAUUUUAAUUGUUGGUGGAGCAUAUGCUGGAUUAUCGGCAAUAAAUACCUUUGUCAAUCAAUUCAGAGAUAAAAUCGAUAAGUUCCCCAAUACUUUCAAAGAAAAUCAUGUAACUGUAACAUUAAUUGAACCUAGAGCUGGAUUAUUAAAUGUCUUGGGUAUGCCUAGGUGUAUAGUUGACGAAGAAUUCUCCAAAACUCAGUUUAUACCUAUGAACAAGAUCAAGAAUUUGAAAUUUGACAGAGUCAUCUCCAAAGAUAUGAAGUUUUUGAAUGAUAUGGUUGAAGAAACCAAAGUAUCUAAGAAUCACGAGAUAGGAUUGGAUUUAAAUUUUGUUCAUGGGAAAGUCACCUAUUUAGAUGAAAAUAAAGCAUCUUACCAAUUAUCCAGUGAAGAUUCCGAAGAUACAGAAGAAGCUAUUAUUGAUUUCGACUAUGUCAUAUUGGCUAGUGGUAGAGAUAGAAAUUUCCCCACCACUCCCAAAGCUUUCAGUUAUGACUAUUUCUUGAAUGAGAUGAGAUUAUCUAAAAGAUCUAUAGUUGAUCACGAGACCAUUUCAAUCAUAGGAGCGGGAGCUGUAGGUAUCGAAUUAGCUGGUGAUUUCAAACAUUAUUUACCUAAUAAGACGAUAAAUUUAAUUCAUCCUCAUGGAGAUUUACCUCCAGAAUCGGCUUUAUCAAAAGAAUUCAAAGAUUUGACUCUUGAAUCUAUUAAAGCCAGUGGCAUAAAUCUAUACAUGAAUACCAGGGUAAACCUAGGUAGUAAUGAUAGCCAUGAUAAUAAAAUAGAUAGGGGUAUCACCAAAGGAGAUUUAACUACCACUGAUGGUAAUACUAUAAAAUCUGAUCUUAACAUAUGGUGUACCAUGCACCAAAAUAAUACGUCAUUCCUUUCAUCGAGUUUACAAAAGAAAUUCAGAACUGAUAAGAACUGUAUCAGAGUCAACGAAUACUUACAAUUACAUAAUAAAGAAACCGGAGAAACCAUACCUACAUUUUUCGUUUUGGGAGAUUUGGUCGAUUUGAAUAUCAUCAAAUCUGCCGGAUGGGCUCUUUAUUUUGGAAGAGUUGUGGCCAAUAAUCUUUCCAGUUUAAUCUUAGAGGAUAAACUUGUGGAACCAUUAGCUGAUAUAGAUCAAACACCUAAGGGAAUGGUCUUAGUGGCAGGAAAUGGUGAAUUAAUUUGUGAACUAUCCGGAGUUGUCAGUAAAAAUGUACCUGAUUACGUUGCUGAAUAUCGAGAUUAUUGCUUUGGUAGAAUUAUGGCCACUAUAGGUAUUUAA